AUGAUCACCCUGAUGGUCACGGUAGGGCAGGCCCCCAAAUGCCGAACCAUCCCUGUCAAUUUCGUGGUGGUCAAGCAGCAAUCCUCAUACAACGUGUUCCUGGGUCGGCCAGCUCUGAACGCCCUCCGGACUAUUCCGUCUACCCUCCAUCUCAGUGUGAAGUUCCCCACCCCAGGAGGGAUAGCCGAGGUGCACGGUGACCCAGAGGUGGCCAGAGCUUUCUACUUGGCCACGCUCCGCUGGCCGGAGAAGGUGGUCGUCCAGACGACCUGUUUGGAGCCCUACAUCCCGGGGGACGAGACCCAGCAGGUGAGUACGCAGGACGAAAUUGAGGAAUUCCCCUUGAGGGAGGAACGACCCGACCAGGUCCUCCGCAUCGGGGCAUUGCUGCCAGCCGAGGAGAAGGAAGGCUUGAAGGCCCUGUUGAGGGAGACCGCCCCGGACCUAGGGGAGACCUUGUUCCUAUACCUGUCUGCCUGCAACGAGGCCGUCAGCGCGGUCUUGGUGCGGGAGGACGGGGGGGCUCAGAGGCCGGUGUAUUACGUCAGCCGCGCUCUACAAGGGCCAGAGACGAGGUACACGCCGGCGGAGAAGCUGGUCCCGGCCUUGGUGCACGCUGCUCGCAAGCUCCGCCCCUACUUCCAAGCUCACAGCAUUGCAGUCCUGACCGACCAGCCCUUGCGUCAGAUACUCACCAAGCCCGAGGUCUCGGGCAGGAUGAUCAAGUGGGCCGUGGAGCUGGCCGAGCACGACAUUAGCUAUCAACCUCGUACAACUAUCAAGGCUCAGGCCUUGGCCGACUUCCUCGCUGAUGGGGCCGGCUUGACCCUGACCGAGCUAGACUCCCCGAGCAAGGAUGUACGGCCAAAGAAGCCUUGGGUGCUGUUCGUAGACGGUGCCUCCAGUAAGGAAGGAAGCGGAGCAGGUCUGCUGCUCAUCUCGCCAACCGGGGAAGAACUGACCUACGCCCUCCGAUUGGACUUCCCCGCGUCCAACAACGAGGCCGAGUACGAGGCCCUGCUCGCAGGGUUGCGGAUAGCCCACCAAAUGGGGAUCUCCGCGAUCCAAGUUAGGAGCGACUCCCAACUCGUCGUCCUUCAAGUCCUCGGGGAGUACGAGGCCAAGGAGGAAGUCAUGAAGAAAUAUUUGGCCAAGGUGCGAGAGGCGGUAGCCCUAUUCGAUACUUUUCAAAUCGAGCGGGUGCCAAGGUCGCAAAACAAACGUGCAGACGCCCUAUCAAAGCUGGCCUCUUCUUCAUUUGCACACCUGAGUAAGGAGGUUCUGGUAGAGGUGGUAAAACAGAAAAGUAUCCACCAGGUCCAGGUUCUAGCUAUAGACAGCUCGGCCACCUGGAUGGCACCCCUCAUAGACUUCCUCAGCUCAGGAGCCCUCCCAGAGAACAAAACCGAGGCCCGCCGGAUCCAGCUCAGAACUGCCAAGUACGCCUACGCUGGGAGAACCCUCUACAGGAGGUCGUACUUAUCUCCCUGGCUAAAGUGCGUGACGCCCGAUGAAGGUAACUAUGUCCUCCGCGAAGUGCAUGAAGGGAUAUGUGCGGCACAUGUGGGGUCCCGAGUGCUGGCCAAAAAAUGCCUUCUCCUAGGUUACUAUUGGCCCUCCGUCUUCCGAGACGCCGCAGAGCUGGUGCAGAAAUGCCGAGCUUGCCAGGUUCAUGCCUCAUUGCGCCACCAGCCAGCUCGGGAAAUGAUUCCCAUCCACAGUCCCUGGCCUUUCGCCUAA